AUGUCACAGGUUAGCCACAGCGAUGCUACGCCGAUUACUCCACUGCGAACUCGCCGCAACUCACAUGUCAACCAUGCAUCCGAAAACUGGCGCUCACCUCGUGGUAGCUCCCUCAACGGCAGCUGUGGUCCCCUUACCAGUCCAGUCACAUCUCAGAGGGCUUUUGUGAACGGUAUCCCUGAGCAUCUGGCUGUGCAGGAGAUGGCUUUUCGACAAGGUCAGCAUGACUGCAACGGCUCCCACGACAAAACUCCACCAAACCCCUUCGCAAAGUCGUUCGACAAUGUCUGGGCACAGUACUACAAGCUCGGCGCCGCCUAUGGAAAAGCUCCUGCAACCUCGCCUACAGCAGCUUCAUCCCCAUCACACGGGAACUUUGCUUGGUCUGUACUCAUCAACCCCGCCACACAGGACUUGGAGCAUCCGAACGGCUCAGUCGAUAUGGAGUGGGCUCGCACGAUCUGCGUCAUGGGAUUGAAGUGCAUGAGGGAGCUGAUUAGUAUUGUUUGCCGACGUCACAACGAUUGGCGCAAGAUUGUCUGCGACAUUCCUCUUCCGGUCAGGCAUGCCAUAGUAGCAUUCCCGGAUCUUUGCGAGCACUACGAAGCCCUCCUGCGCGAUGCUCAUGAAGCACUCAGUGGCCGACUCCCUAUGGGCUACUGA